CUCGGCGAGAAGUAUUAUCUUGUUUCUUCAUGGCAGAGUUUCAUAAAAAAUUGCCAGUCUUCAGAGUGCAAUGGGGGGGAGGGGGAGCAGGAGAUUUAUUUUCACUAGGAAUAUGAAGAGGAGAAAAGGCUAAACCUCCCCCCCCCCCGGCAUUAUGAUCCUGAUCCUGGAUUUCUCCUAUAGUUGCAAAUGUUUUUUCCUCCUUUCUUUUAAGAAAGCCCAUUGAAUGCCUGGUAUUUUGGCCUAGCUGCUUCCACACCCACGAGCAAUAGCCUCAAGACAGCUAGCUGCACCUCCAUGAAAGGCAGGAGCAGACAGCAAAACUGGCAGAUUUCCAAGUGCAAGUAUAGGCGUGCUUUGCCUGGAUUUUAAAAAUUAAAAAGACAUCCUGAAUAUUCUUUUGAAAAAGCCAGGCGGGAAUGCUGUUUUGCCAUGGAUACCGUGUCAAAAAGACAAACUCUCCUGAUAAAGGGAGAGGGCUGGCACGCACAGGAUCUUGUGGGAGCAGCCCAGGUCUGAGCGCGCAGAAAACUCAGUGCUGGAUAGAGAUUCAAGAUCAGUUUACGUUCCCUGUUUGGGGGGGAAAGGGAGGUGGCUAAUCGGAGAAGACGGCCUGAAGUUAGUCAGUUAGUUCAUCCUGCCUCCCACGCGCUGUAAAGUUUGUGAUAGAGAAAGUGUUUUCCUGAGGGGAGAGGUAUAAGAUAAUUUCACAGGAAGGUCAUCAUCAUGCUUUGAACCGGAAGCUCUGAUGUUUACACUUGCCAGCCGAUUCCUUGGAAUCCCAAGGUUUCUGCAGAGCAUAAAGCAACAACUUCAGAGCCGUGUGUCCAGAUCACCCUCUCCCAGCUCUACUACUAACAACUCCGGAAAGAUGAGCGGAAGGAGGAUUGACAUGUUUAUAGCUGCCACCUUGUAUCUUCUCUCCAGACUUAUCCCUUGUGAUGGGACUGCAGCUUCAGAGGAUGAGAAAUAUGGAGAGGUUAUAGGUCUCAGUUUGCCCCCGCUCAAACUAGGCAUGUCGAUCUGUGCCUUGAAAGCUGAUUCCGGUCCCUGCAAGGCUCUGCACCCCCGCUAUUAUUUUGACAUUCAAACUCGCCGGUGUGAAAGCUUUAACUUUGGUGGAUGCAAAGGCAAUGAAAACAACUUUCUGACCCUAGAGGAAUGUCAAGAAAAGUGUAUCGUAAAAGAUGUGCCAGAGAAGAGAAAGAGAUCAAGACAUAAUAAUGAAAAGCCUUCCUUCUGCCUUUUGGAAAAUGACCCUGGUGUCUGCCGAGGAUUAAUUUCCAGGUAUUUCUACAACAAAGAGUCACAGCAAUGUGAAAAAUUCCAAUAUGGUGGUUGCCUGGGAAACCAAAACAACUUUAAAUCUUUGCAAGAAUGCCAAGAUACCUGCCAUGACCGGGUCUCCUCAACCAAUUCACUGCAAACAGAUGACGACCAUCAAGUUUUUAGCACUAUGAAUAAUAAUAGUGCUCCACUUAUUAAGCAAGUUGUACGGCAGGGAGAAAGGAACAGCUGGAAAAAGACUGAUCACGGUUGCUAUAUUUUUCUGCUGGCCAUCUGCACUUGCAUUCAGAUGUGCUUCUGGGAACUGGCUGAUAGUUUCUGGAUUAUGCAUGCUGGCUAGAAAUGUGGAAUGCAUGUAGGAGAAGUCCAGUGAGAUCUCCUUAAUGAACUUUGGGACUGCCUAUGAUGGGAAAGUGCUAUGUGGUUUUCUGCAUCCUGGCUUCAUUCAUCACGAAGCAUAGAACUUGCUUGAGCUAUAAUCACCUAAUUCAGUAACGGGAGGGAGGAAAGCAGCUCCUGAUCACCCAAAAUCCAAACAGGAUGAAGGGUGGUACAGAAAUGUUCUGAGUAAAUAAAUAAAUAAAACAUCAAAGCUGUUUAAGAGUAACUGACAGUACUUUUUUUUUUAGUCUUGUUUUGCCCUUAUUGAGCAGUUAAACACACCUCAUGUUUUUACAUCUCUGUUAAACAUUCUCCCUUGCUUAGGCAAGGAUCUGCUGUUGAAUUUGAAGGAAUCCGUUCAAAAAUUUAAUCUACUCAGUCAAGGGUACAUAUCAGUGGGAAAACAUGGUAUCUGUAAAAAAAUCUUGAUGCUCCUAUAGGGCCACAGUGAGGAAGAGUCAGAUGCAAUUACAAUCUCCUGGCAAGAUCACAUUACACUAGUCAGAUAUAUACAUACACACAGAGACACACACACAGGUAUCUUCCUCUGAAUGCCUCACCUGACCAAGAAACUGGAUACAGUGUCAACUUGCAAGGGCCAAUGGAAACAAUUUAAUUUGCCCUUUUUUGCUUCCACACAGCAGUCCUCUUGGCAAGUGGCAAAAGCAAGAGAUGAACUCAGAUGUAUAUAGAAAAGAGCUAGAUAAAAUUUCACUCUAAUGGUUGAGAUUUGAAGACGCCCUAAGUUUAUGAAUUGUUUUUAAAUGGCCUUAGCAAGGCCUGAAAGGUUGCUGGGAUCUCUGAGCCCAGAUAGUCUGCUGAACUACUAUAGUUUCUGAAUCAACUGACUCCUGCAGUCUCAUUCCUUGACAAAACAGCCAGCCAUCAAGUAUUCUUUGGGGUAGGUAAAUAAUAUCAUUGAUUCAUCACUGCUGUGUUAAUUGUUAAUUGCAUAUUUUCAUGGCAUACU